AUGCUUAGAAUGGCAGGGCCCAUAGAAACCGCUAUCAGACGCAAGCUCACGAGCGAGUUCUCCCCCAAACACCUGGCCAUCGCCAACGACUCGCACAAACAUGCACACCACGCGGGUCUUCGCGGCGCUACCAACACCACAGAGUCGCAUUUCCGCAUAACCAUCGUCAGCGACAAAUUUGCAGGAGUGCCACUGCCGGCGCGCCACCGGUUGGUGUACAAGGUGCUUGACCAUGAGCUGCAGAACGAGGGCGUCCACGCGUUGCAGCUCAAGACCAAGACCGAGCCAGAGUGGGAGCGAGAACAAAAUAAAUGA